GAGUGGUUCAGCGGGAUGAGCCGUGAAGAGGCAUAAUCAAAGACAGUAUACCUCUAAAUGGAGAACAUUUAUCGCACAUUCUUUGGAACGUAAACCACAACCAGAUAGACGUAUUUAGCAACCCCUGUGCUACGCAAUGUGUGUCACUCCAUCGAAUUUCGUGGUGUGUGUGAGACCUCUGAAGGUUAGGCACACAAACAACGACAACGUCAGUCAGUGUAGGGGUAACCCUGGGCAGAAAAUGUGAUAGCCUUAUGAAUGAAUCACCGACCCUAUCGUGCCUAUAGAUAUGGGUUAUCUAUCCUAUAGUUCGCAUAGCUACAAGAGAUGAAAUUUGACAGUACUGACUGCAUAAGGAUGUACAAGCGAUAAGGUUUUGAAGGAAGGGCUGUGCAGUAUUUUGAUGGUCGGUGAUAAACGUCAGUGCUAUAGAAACAACAGGAAGAUAUUAAAAGUUGACCUUACUCCAAUCAAAAUCUGUCUAUUGUAGUACAAUACUAGUCUGGUCAUCAUGUCAUCACAUCCAAGUCCUGGAGGCCUGGAUGAAGGAGACAUCCGCAUAUUGAAGGUGUUCAAGUUUAUUUCCUGUGAAGGACGAAAAUUGCUCAUGUUUGUAUUUUGUAAAGGAUGUCCCAAACUUGGACAUGAAACAGUUGAAAAAUACCUGAAGAGCAAAGGCAUGACAAAUCAAGAUUACAGAAAAUACUUUGAUUCUAGUAUGAGGAAGAAAAUUCAAGAUGAUCCUUCAGGAAAAAACUUUGAUGUAAGUUUACUUCAUGCUGUUAUCAAGAACGCUUGUGAAAAAGUUGCACCUCCCCAUGAAGCCGAAAAAUGGAGCAUUACAGGUGAUCAACUUGAGAACUACUGUUCCAGGAUUAAGCAUGAGAGAAAUUGCAUUGCCCAUGGGUCAAAAUUUCCAGAUGAGGAUGCUAUGACUAACAAACUUGAAUUUCUACGUGAUCUGUUGGAGAAGGGAUACAAGUCUGCCGGCAAUUGCUACUCUAUCACAUCAUCAACAAUUAAUAAUGAAAUUAAAAGAAUGAAUGCCAAUUUUGAACAAAUAAAAGAUGCACCAGGUAUUCCUGUAGAUGCUAAUAAGUACCAGGAUGAAAUCAGAAAGUUAAGAGAACAUUUUGAAAAUUAUAUGAAAACGAAUGGAGUGGUAGAGUUAAAGGAAAAGAUAAAAACAGAGACAAACGUGGACCCAGCAUCUUUCAUCUCGGGCAAUGAGACGCUUAAAGUGAGAGCCAUUUUCACAAAUUUGGAAGUUGUUAUGGAAGAUAAAGCACUAAAGCAUGAAAACCAAACUCACAUUAAUUACAAAUCUGUGCUAGAGCAGAAGACUAAAAAAGGAAAGACGCCCAACAUAAUAGUAAUUGAAGGGGAGGCGGGUGCAGGGAAAAGCACAUUUACCAAACUCAUUCUAGCAGAGUGGGCCGCGAUGUCCCCCAGCUAUCACACGCAGAUUAGGAAUCUAGAGAGCUAUGACAUGGUCUUGUAUGCUGAAUGCAAGAACAAAUUUGUCACAAACUUUGCUGACUUGCUAAACUUGCUCAUGCCUUGUGCUUCUUACUCCAUGUCAAAUGAAGACAUUGUGCGUUCUGUGUUGGCUCACAGAGUUCUACUAAUUCUUGAUGGACUGGAUGAACUAAACAAAACUUCUAGGCAGUUAGUUGAGGAGAUUAUGAGGGAUAAGAUGCCGAGGAGCACAGCUGUAUUUCACCUUCUGCUCACUACUAGACCGCAGGCACUAAAGGAAGUAAUCCGCCUUUGCCAAAAGUCUGAAUGGAUACACAUGAGAAUUUUGGGCAUCUCACCUGAGCAAAGACCAGACUUUGUGCAUAAAAUGCACGAGGAAAUGAAAAAAGAAGGUAUGAGCACAGAAGACACCCAGAAGUUGGAGGAUUAUGUAAGGAAAUCAGAAGCUCGUCUGGGAGAACAUUUUCGUUUGCCCCUAAACCUUACUCUCUUAACCUACUUAUGGGCUGAAAGCCCUGAAGAUGUCAACUCAGUCACAACAGCUACUCACCUCUUCUUGAGAAUUCUACAACUCAUUGAAUGUCGUGUUGUAAAUCGCAUUUAUGAGAAUCAUCAUGGUGAUAUGGAUGAAAUUACUGACAGUGUCAAGGAAUAUAUGGAGGUGCUGAAUGAGAAAUGUUUUGAGGAGAUUAUAAGUGAAUCCCUGCAGCUAAGUGAAUCUUCACAACAAACACUUAAGGGGAAAUGCAAGGACCUUAACCUUCCAUAUAGUGACAUGUCUGCAGCUUUUAUGAAUGUGACCCGAGAAUGGACUGCAACUGGUUAUGUACUUCACCUCACUGCUCCACACAAAAGUAUUAUGGAAUUUUUUGCAGCGAGAUGGAUUCAAUCUUGUUUGAAGAGGGAUGGGCCUAAGAAAAAGAAUUUGAAAAGCAUUUUGGAGGACUUGAAAUGUUAUGAAUCUUCGUUGCCUAUGUACCAGAAUGUGUUGCUUCACCUAAGUGGAUUGCUGAAAGAUGGUAAAUGUACCCUUGACCAGCAUGCAGAGGAACUGGUGGAGCUAUUGACUAAGGCAGGGACGACAGAGCAACAGUGGCUAGACAUAAUUGCCGAGUCAGAGUGCAGUGAAAGUGUUGUAAAACACAUAGCUCCAAAGAUUGAGAAGACACUUACUGUACGAGAUGGUCACACAGGGGCAGCUGCCAGUAUUUUUAGCCAUCUACUAGAAUCAACUCCUGUUAAAGUGAUCUUGAACUGUGAAAUAACAUACAUUCCACACUUGCACAAUUUUCUUGAAAAGCUUGCCAAUAGAGAAUGUGUUGCUGAACUUCAUUUCAGACAUCAGUGGAAGAAUAUACUGUGUGGGAAUUCUAGCGAUCUUCUUCUGAAUCUGAGUAAGAGCAAGUGCCAAAUACAGAGUUUCACAGGCAACCUGGAUGACUUGAGAAACCUCCCAGAUGACUUGAAAAAACUGAAAAUUGCCCUUCAUAGCGACACACAGGCAAAAAAGAUAUGUAAUGAGAUAGAAGAAGUAGUUAAAGAAUUUGACCUCCUCUACUUGGGAGUCCACGUGAUAAAAGGCAUCUCCCCUGAGGCUUUGGGGCCCCUGCCCAUUAUUAAUGAGCCCAAGAAAGAAACGGGGGCAGUCUGGAUCUCGGGAGUAAGUGACGAAGAUAUUGACUGGGCUGUCACGGUUGCAAAAGUACUGCAACCUCCACUGGGGAAGUUCUACAGCCUGAGGUUCCCAAGGAGUAGCCUGACACUUGGUGGUUGCAAGGAAUUGAUUAAUAAGCUUAGUCAGCACAAUAUAGUGAUUCGACCCAAUAGCCGAUUGUAUGUCACAAUGGCCAGCAACAAGACCCCAGAAGUUAUUGAGCUUCGCCAUUUUGCUAAGAAGAAACUGAAUUGUGAAUUUGACUGCAUUGAUGAUGCAGUAAUCUGGUCAGAUUAACCCAUUACCACUGGGGAAAAUGAACAAAAAAUGGGGAAAAUGCUGUGCCUAUUUUCUAUAUUUUUUUGUGAAAUGUCUGCCCAUAGAUGGCUCUGUUAGUGCCUGAUUUGAAAUGGCGGAAAAAACGUAUUUUUCACUAGUGCCAUGAAUAUUGAUGGUGUUAUUUUUAUUAUAAACAUUAUAAUUUUUAUGUUUUUUAACAUUAGUAACACCAAAAUAAGAUAACGUAAAAUAUUUUGUAAAUCAAAGAUAAGGGCAAAUGGGUGAGACAGGCAGUACUCGUAACUGGCUCAUUGGUGAUUUAGUAUAAGUGUAGCCAUCUAUGUGUAAAAACAAUCCAACAAGUAAUCUCACAGUGGGCAUGGCAUGGCAUGCUUGUCGGGAAUGGAUUAACCCAUUGCCCCCAGGGAAAAUGAAUAAAAAAUGGGGAAAAUGCUGUGCUCAUUUUUUUUAUAUUUUUGUGAAAUGUCUCUACACAUAGAUGGCUCUACCUUACCUGAGUUCACCUUUCCUUGAAUUGGCGGGAAAAUGUAUUUUUUUUACUAGUGUUAUGAAUAUUGAUGUUAUUUUUAUUAUACAUAUUAUAAUUACUAUAAUGUUAUAAACAUUGGUAAUAGCAAAAUAAGGUAACGUAAAAAUAUUUUCGUAAAUUAAAGGAAAGGGUAAACGGGUGAGAAAGGCAUCACUUGUAAUUGGCUCAUUGGUGAUUUCGUACAAUUGUAGCCAUCUAUGUGUAAAAACAAUCAAACAAAUAAACUCACUGUGGGCAUGGCAUGUAUGUACAUGCCAUGCCUGUCGGGAAUGGGUUAAGGGAGUUUAAAGGUUAGGGAUCCACUUAUUUGUCCAGUGUUUGAAUGAAACCAGGCAUUCUAAUACAGAGAUAUAUAUUUCCAUUUCAUUAGGUGCUGUGUAAACAUGAUUAGAGUAAAAAUUUGAAGCUAAUUUUUUUUUUUUUAAUGAAAUAUAUAAUUCUAGUAUUAUCAUGAUUAGAAAAUGAGUAUAGCAAUGAUACAAAAUAUCUCAUUGUGAAAAAAAUAUUUUAUCAUUAUGAGCUACACAAAUUUUAUUUUUCUACAGUCUGAACAAGACCACUGAUUGCUGACAUUUUAAAAGUAUAAACAAGCUAGUACUCUUAAUAAACUAUUUUGAAUAUAGACAGAGGUUAUCAGUUUUUUUAAGAAUAUUUAUAAGCCAUAAUUUUAGAUAUAAUAAAAAAAAUCGCCUGGCAAAAAAAUAUGAAGAACAAGAAAGCCUUACAACUGGUAAGUGCAUACUGUAUACAGGUAGACCCAGUUUGCACAAAGUAAUUCAUGCUAUAUGUUCCCUAAACCUUACAUUCUCACACUCAUAUACACUUGUCUGAAAGGUUCACACAAAUAAGAACAGCAGUUUUUGUGAUACUUUGUCAUUUUUAUUGUUAUAUACCUGAUGUGAUGAUUGAAAUGUAGAGCAUAUAUAUAUAUAUAUAUAUAUAUAUAUAUAUAUAUAUAUAUAUAUAUAUAUAUAUAUAUAUAUAUAACUUUUUAUAUUGUUUGUAUUUGAAUAUACAUAAAUAUUCAUGCAUACAUACAUUCUUAGAUAUGUAUUUAUAUAUAUGUACAUAUAUAUACAUAGGUAUACAUAUGUAUCUAUUAAAGAUGGAAUAAUAUGAUACCGCAUUGAUAUAGAUAUAUAACAACACUCUAUGACCAGGCCUCAAACCUAGGUCACUCCAGGUAUGAUAUCAGAGGGCCAGUGCUAAACCAACCAUACUAUAUGACCCACUAAAAGGAGCAUGCAACUAGGAUCAAACUAGCUCCAUAGACAUUACCUAUCUACUCAUACAUGAGUAAAGGUAGCAAGGUUAAAUACACACUCCCCACGGGCACUCGGUGGAAAUUGAUUUAGAAAUUCAAAACAGAAGUCAGAUGUACUGGGGUGUGAAUAUAUAUGAAAGAUGGAAUAAUACAAUACCACACUAAUAUGGAUAUGUAACAACCCUUUCAUAUAUAUACACCUCCCAGCCCUGCAGUCAUGCUGAAUCCCUAUGAGAUGCAUGUCAGGGCCAUGUAUUCAAUGAUAUAUCAAAGAAGAUUCCACAGACAUUGUAGUCAAGCUCAAAAGAAUGAACUUCCAAUAAUUAUAUGCAUACAUACAUAAUUUUUUUUUUCUUUUUUUAAUUAGAAUUAUGCAUUCUUUAUCUUUUUCUCUGUUUCAAGUUCCACAUAAUUUUUAUGCAUUUUUUCAUAUAAGGUUUUUGAUUCCCAGUAAGGUUAUGCAAUACUUCAUUAAAAUUGAUUUGGCAAUAUAUAAUACUGCUUUAUAGACAAACUGCUUUUAUUUACAUGAACAUUUGUGAUAUACAGCCUUAUAGCCAAUCCAUUUUAAUAUAUAGGAAUACUCUUGAUAUAUUGCUUUAUAGGCAAUCUGUUUGGAUUUGUAUGAGCACUUGUGACAAAGAUUUUCAAUAAAUAUAUUAUUGAAGCUU